AUGGAUUCGGCAAUAGAAACUCUUCGAGUUGAAUUUGAAAAAGCUUGUGCAGAACUAAGUUUUAUUGAGGCUAAAGUUGAAUCCGAAUUUACCCGAAAAUUUGAACUCGAACGCCAUGCUCCCUUAAAUCCAUAUAAAGCUUUAACGCGGUUAAAGAAGUUAAAACAAACUUUGCAAGUGCUAAAAGUUGAGAAUGAACGAAUUAUGGCUGAAAAACAGGAAUUUAUUCGAGAUACUGACGCGCAGCUUGCGGUUAACAAUGAGUUAUUACUGAAACUGCAAAUGCAAGCCGGAAUUCAACCAGAUGGCGAAGUACAAAAUAGGUUGGAAUAUUAUAAUUCUAUUUCAGAGUCUUGGCGAGAGGAUAUUAUAAAUUAUCAAGGCGGUAAAUAUCAGCACGAUUUUGCAUUGGAGGAGCUCUUACCAACAGACGAAAAAUCAUUCAUAGCAAUAUCGGCGGCUAUCGACAACGAUGGAUAUGUGGGGAAUGAGUUUCAUGCAAAUUCUAAUCCAUCGCAAGUCGGCGCAGAUUCAAAGAUUCCCGAUAACAAUUCGAAUUGUGUCAAUAUUCUUGAUGAAGAUAAAAGGCCUCAAAAUGUAACCACCGCAAAUUCAAACAAUAAUAAAGAAAAUCGAAAGCUGGAUACCAAAGAACGAAGAUUAAGCAAAUCCUUUGUAGCCGUUACCCAAGAGGAAUUUGAUUCAGUUUCAGAAUUGGUGAGAACACGCAAAUUAACAUUGGCCUCUGUUAACAAGAUUUACCGAACAUUGUGGGAUCAUUUCAAAAAGAAUCCGGAAAGUCCGCCACUAACUAUACAACAUAUGACACAGAUGGGAUUAAAGAUUACGGGGGUAACUGGAGAAGCUAACCUAAAAGUAUUACGUUCCUUGAAAAUUAUAAGAAUAGAAAAAUCAGGUGUUAGUUUAAUAAGGUGA